ACCAAGUAGUUGUACUAUAUAGAAUUAUAGAUGCGGGUGACCGAUCGACAAGAUGGCGGGUUUAACGUGGUUACCAUUCUUAGCAUCAUCACUGUUGAUGAUGGUAUCCCUAUUCCAGUCCUCACAAGCUGCAGGAGUUGCCGUCUACUGGGGUCAAAACGGCGAUGAAGGAAGCUUGGCUGACACAUGCGCUAGUGGAAACUAUCAGUUCGUGAACCUGGCAUUUCUGACAACCUUUGGCGGUGGAAGCACACCAGUAUUGAACUUAGCUGGCCAUUGCGACCCUGGCGCAGGCAACUGCACCUCCUUAAGUGUUGAAAUAAAUGAUUGCCAGAACCAAAACAUCAAAGUGCUGCUUUCCCUUGGAGGUGGGGCUGGAAACCACCGCCUUACUUCCGCCGACGAUGCAAGGCAAGUCGCCAAUUACCUUUGGAAUACAUUCUUGGGCGGUCAAUCACGUUUCCGCCCGCUUGGACAUGCUGUUUUAGACGGUAUAGACUUUGUUAUUUCAAGCGGGACAGGCCUGUAUUGGGACACUCUGGCCAGGGCGCUCUCUGGAUUCAGCUCGCAGAAAAAGGUGUACUUAUCUGCGGCUCCACAGUGCCCGUUCCCUGAUGCUGAUCUAAGCACGGCUAUCAGCACUGGCCUUUUCGAUUAUGUCUGGAUACAAUUUUACGGCAAUGGGCCAUGUCAGUAUUCGACUAAUGCUGAUAACCUGAUAGCGGCAUGGAACCAAUGGACCUCAGUUCAUUCCAAUCAGAUCUUCCUAGGAGUACCAGCAGGUCCAGAGGCUGCGGACGGAGGGUAUAUUCCACCGGAUGUGCUCAUUUCUCAGGUUCUACCAUCCAUCAAGUCCUCUCCCAAGUACGCAGGGGUCAUGAUCUGGAACAAAUAUUAUGACAGCGGAUAUAGUUCAGCUAUCAAAGAGCAGGUUGCUGCUUCUAGCCCUUCGAUUGCUCCCGCCUCUGGCUCUCCUUCAUUUUCUGUUGGCCCUUCACGUGCUCCCGCCACUAGUACUCCUUCAUCACCCGCCGGCCCUCGUAGUGGAAGAAAGAAAUCGAAGAAUUUAAGGGUGAAGUUAUAUGUUGUUGGUGCUGCCAUAGCAACUUCUCUAGCAGCUCUUGCAUUACUUUUCUGGUGUUGCAAAUUGCGAAAGAGAAAAGGUAACCAUCGAAACUUCAUGGGUUCAGAAAUGCCAGAGCAGGAUGACAAUGAAGAUGAUGAAUCACUGUUCUUCAGUUUUACAAGCAUAGAAAUUGCCACAGAUCAUUUUUGUGAGGAAAACAAACUUGGUCAAGGAGGAUUUGGUCCAGUCUACAAGGGUAAACUGGUUAACGGGCUAGAGAUUGCAGUUAAAAGAUUGAAUAGAAUGUCAGGACAUGGAAUUGAACAAUUCAAGAAUGAAGUCAAAGUGAUCUCAAAGCUGCAACAUCGAAACCUUGUUAGACUUUUGGGCUCCUGCAUUGAGAAAGAAGAGCGUUUAUUGGUAUACGAGUACUUGCCGAAUAACAGUCUGGAUUCAGUACUUUUUGAUGCAGCAAAGCGGAAUAUAUUGGAUUGGAAAAGAAGGUUGAAAAUCAUUGAAGGAGCAGCUCAGGGGCUUUUGUACCUCCACAAGUAUUCUAGAUUAAAAAUCAUUCAUAGAGAUCUGAAAACGAGCAACGUUUUACUGGACGCGGACCUGAAUCCCAAAAUUUCAGAUUUCGGGACUGCCAGAAUAUUUGGAGAGAAUGAGAUGCGCGGAAGUACAAUGAACAUUGUUGGGACAUAGUAAGUUGAAGGAAUAUCUUCUUGUUUGUUAUUUUGCUCCGAGUAAUAUCCAAUCUCUGAUCUCAUGCUUAAGCUAAUUGAGAUGAUUACUUUUUGCGAGAAAACAAGUGGUUAUAUGUCUCCUGAAUACGCCAUGGACGGGGUUUACUCUGAAAAGUCUGAUGUAUUUAGCUUCGGAAUCAU